AUGGAAAGCAACAGCAACGUCAGCGGGGACGUGGCGCUGGCUUUGCAGCGCAUCAGCACUAGCAAUGCAGCCCAUCCAAUUCAUUGGAGCCGGGUCAAGAAAUGGCUUAUCAUCAGCGUGUACUGUCUGCUGCAAAUCUUCGUUACUCUCACGAGCACGACGUACGUGAGCGCGGAGUUCCUCAUCGAGGAGAAGUUCGGCGUAACCGACACCCAGGUCGUGGCGCUGGGGCAGAGCAUGUUCAUCAUCGGCACGGCGGUUGGUCCGGCUUUCCUGGGACCUCUCUCCGAUAUUGGGGGUCGCAAAUGGGUCUAUGUAGUGGCCAUCGCGUGCUAUGCCCUCAUCAACAUUGGGUGCGCGUUACCGCUGAACUUGCCCAUGUUGAUCAUCUUCCAGCUGUUGAGUGGAAUUUCUGGGAGUGUGGCUUUGAGUAAUGUCGCGGGCACCAUUGCCGAUUUGUUCGGCAGUGAAGAUGGUGCUGGGCAGCCCAUGGCGUUGUUUGUCGCGUCGGCCAACAUUGGCGCCAGCUUGGGGUCUCCCGUCGGCGAGUUGAUUGCUGACAAUGUCAAGAUGGGCUUGCCAUGGAUUUUUUGGAUCAAUGUCAUCAUUGGCGGCUCGUUCGCCAUCAUCCUGAUCUUCAUCCCCGAGACGCUGCCCGCCAUCGUCAUCAGAAACGCCGUGCGAAAGCAGCAGGUCGAUGAAACCGAGGAGCUCGCCGUGCUUGAGGAGAAGAUCAGCGUGCUCCGCGAAAUCCGAUUCGUCUCGACCAUGGCGCUCCGCAUCAUGUUCACCGAGCCCAUCGUGACCUUCCUAGGCAUCUACAACGGCUUCGCCUACGGGCUGCUGUUCCUCUACCUCGACGGCGUCUUCUCCGUCUUUGUCGUCAACAACGGCCUGUCCUACAUCGCUGCCGACCUCACCUACCUCAACUUCGUCGUCGGCGUCACCGUCAUGUUCUGCUUCGUCCCCGUGCAGACUUGGGUCUUCACCCGCGACCGUAAGAAGCACGGCGCGAGCCGCCCCGAGGCCCGCUUCCUUACUUCGCUGGUGGUCGUCUGGUUGUUCCCCGUCUCGCUCCUGUGGUUUGCCUUCACGUGUGAUGGCAACACCUCCUUCUGGUCUCCCGUUGUGGCCGGUGCCGUUCUUGGAUUCGCCGACCCCCUACUUUGGUUGAGUAUGCUGAACUACAUUGCUGACUCGUAUACCAACCUGGCGGCCUCGGCCAUUGCCGCCUUCUUGAUUCCGUCGUUCCUGAUUGCCGCUGGCUGUGCUCAUGCUGGUAUCGCCAUGUUCGAGCGUAUGAGCGCCAAGUGGGCUAUGGCCACGCUCGGCUUCAUCUCGUUCGGCCUUGUGGCCUUGAUCUAUAUAUUGUACUUCUUUGGCGCCCAGAUCCGCGCAAGGUCCAAGUUGGCUAGAAGUUGUUAG